GCUGCAUCCAGACGGCCUGGGAGUCGUUGACGGAUUUGAGGGCGUGGAUUGAGAUCAGAGGGUAUGGGAUUGAGACACCGGCCUCGGCUUGGUGGCUGAAGACGACAAAGUUUCUGGCGGCAGGUUAAUAGAUGUGAGGUGAACAAGGAUUGAUUCAAGGACGCACUCUGAAGUCGCAAAUACGUCGACAGUCUGUUCCGCCAGCUCUUCGGCAGCUUCUCCAUCAUUUGUGUUGUUGGCAGCCGCAGCGGUAUCUUGUGGAAAGAUGGCCAAGCUGCCACACUGCGAGCGUGGGAUUGUUGCCUUUGCGCCGGCCAGAUGGUAGUGUAGGAUUGGCUUCCCAUCUGUGAAGGACUCGGGGGUCUGAGACUGGUACUCUGCGAGGGGCGUGUAGUCUGCCGCAGCAGGUGGUGAUCGGAUGGUGGUUGGUAGCAUGAUGGGCUGGCUGCCUGUAGCUUUGAGCUUCUGAAUUGAGCAGAGCGUAGCUGGGCUGAGCUGAGCUGAUGACUGGAGGAAGAAGCGCGCAGGGCGGAAAAAGAGUGAGAUCGUGGGGUAGCUGCAUCUUGCUGCCUUAUCGAUACUGCUGCCAGCUAGGCUAGGCACUGUAACGGCGUGGGGCCAGUGAUGGCACGGCCCCGCCGAUCACGAUUCCCGCCCGCCUUGAUUCAACCUUCGACCUCCAAUCUUUUGUAGCUACGAUACCCAAUUCUGCCGCACAAGCCCUUACCGGCGGAUGCCUGGAGCCUUCUAGACCAUCUGAGAAUUACCUUUUCUACGAUAACUUCUACCUCUUCCUGCAGCCUCAACAUUGCCCAUUUGUGCAACUCGGCGAGCUCCAAGUCUUGCCAUCUUCUCUCCCGACACUGCCUUGUAUCCGACCUGCGUGGAAGAGAUACCAUGCACAGUAAUCGUGAGUAACAUCCCAACACUGCCCAAGCGGCCAUGGGCACACGCUGAUGGAAAGGCCACAGGAGCACACCACCUGCUGGAACAGGUCCCUCUCACAGUCUCGCCAUUCGUCUCUCUCCCAUCCGCCACCACCCUCUCGUACAACUACAAAACGAUGCCUUCCAACAUCCCCCCCUCGCCAUUGGGCAUCCCCAACGCGUCAGAUGGCCCCUCCUCACAGCCAAAAGCCAAGUACGUGGUAUCAAACUCCGGCCAUGCCGCGCAUCCCGAUGAUAUCAUUGCAUCGUGCCGCGCACUGCAAGCACACAUUACAAAAAUGCAGGAAGAUGCGGACAAGGACCUCAGAGAGCUCGAGGAGCGGAUCAGGGAGCGGGAGCUGGCGGAGAAGAGACGCCUGGCGCCGGGAUGGCUGGAUAGCGAUGCCCGACUGUUGGAGCCUGAGAGAUCCGGGCCGGGCCAUCAAAUCGAGCCAAGCCCGCCGACAUCAACAGGGCAGAGCGAUCAAGGUGGAAGCGGAGAUAUAUCCAGCGAGGAAGGCGCUCAGCUUGAUCGAGCUUUUGGAGAUAUGGCGUUGAGGUAGAUGAUGUUAUCGUCACGGGUGACGAAGCGCCUUGUCGCUUUUUUUUUUUUCUUUCUUCUUUUCUUUUUCCCUUUGGGUUUACUUGGCUGGAGUUCUGUGAU